AUGUCUGUCACUCGCAUCUCCUGGGUUCCCAUCAAGGCUGGCGUUGACGAUGCCGCCCUGGCCCCGCUUACAGCCGCCGGAGCGGCGCUGGCCAAGCAGCCCGGAAUCGAAAGCAUCUACCACGGCCCGUGGGACUCGGUGGACGCAGCCAAGGCGGCCGAAUCGUCGUCGGCCUUUAGCGAGAUCGAAGGCAUCCUGGCCGGCGUCAUCGACACGAGCGGCGCCCAGCCGUACACGAACCUGGUCAGCCUCAACAAGCCCUUCAGCUCGAUCGUCAGCCCGGUGACGCGCAUCAUCGCCAUUAUCCUGCCGGCCACGGUCGACAAGGCCGCCUUCGCCGCCGAGCUGGAGGCCAGCAUCGCCACGGCCGAGACGCCGGGCUUCAAGGGCGCCGUGUACGGCUGGGCGGCCGACCGCAUGGAGCACCCGUCGGUGCCGGGCGGGCCGGCAAACAUCUUUGUAGCCCUCGCCGGGUGGGACUCGGUCGAGUCCAGCAAGGCCAGCGAGUCGGCGCCGGGCAUGGCCGAUCACCAGGCCGCUCUGGCCAAGUUUGGAGGCGUCUUCGAGGUCCAUUAUGUGCCGCUCGAAAAGGCUUGA